AUGACCGAUAUACAUAAGUUUUUUGUACUUCAUAAGCGAAUGAAAACUACAAAUGAAAAUGGAGGUGUUGAAGAAGAUACUGCCUAUGAUCAGGUAUCACAGGAAAAGGGUGCCUUCUGCAGGUUUUGUGUGCUUUUCCGCCCACACAUAACGCAUGGUAGUCAUCAUGGCGCAUUCAUAAGCCGCCCAUUCACAAAUUUCAAAAAGUUCCAUGAAUGUGUAAAAAUGCAUAUGAAUUCCGAGUGGCAUAAAGAUGCAAUAGAAAAGUCAAAUAAUUUCAUUAGUGUUGUGACAAACAAAACUAAAAUUUUGGCAGACGAAACAAUGGAUAUUGCAGGCACAGAACAACUUUCUCUUUCUGCACAUUAUUUUGACCUUGUAACUAAUGUUGUCAGAGAAGACUUCCUUGGAUUUACACCAUUAGCAAGGUUAGAUGCAAAACAUAUCUCCAACACAAUAAUAUCUACUUUAUCUGCUUGGGGUUUAAAUCUAGAUAAAACGGUGGGACAAGGCCAUGAUGGGUGCAGUACGAUGGCCGGUAAAAUUGGAGGAGUACAGAAGAUAAUUGCUGAGAAAUAUCCCAAGGCUCGCUUCUAUCAUUGUGCUAUCCAUAGACUUAAUUUAGUUGUGAAUGAUUUGAACACCUUACCAGAGGUUAGAAACGCCAUUGGUACUAUCAAAGAAGGAAUUUCUUUUUUCCGGGGGAGCACGCAAAGGAAAGUCCUAGUUGGGAACCUUCAAAAACUGUGUGAGACGCGCUGGUCUGAGAAGCAUAAGUCAAUAAGGAAAUUUAAAGAUAAAUUUUUAGAAAUUGUUGAAGCAUUAGCAAUUUUACAUAAAAAAAGAGAUCGUGAAACUAGGCAGAAAGCCUGGCAACUUUACUGCACACUUACUUCUCAGACAUUUAUUGUUACAUUAAAAGUCAUAGCAAAAUAUUCAGCCAAACUAGAACCUGUCACCAAUAUCCUACGAUCAGUAAACAUUAACUUAGAUAAUGUGGAAGCCGAGUUUGAAAUGAUAAUGGAAAGUGCUGAAAGCAACUCUAGUGCACUUGGAAUAGAUGUCACUGGCAUUCGACAACCGCGAGAUUCCCUAGUCCAGUCCUUGCAAGAACGGUUUUCAGAAGGAAACAAGGCAUCUUUUGAGAUUUUCUGCUUGCACCCAAAGGUAAUGAAAUCCCAAAGCGACAUAGAUAUGAAAAGGAUAAUUGAAAAUAUCAAAAGAUUUUAUGGUGAUCUUUUAGAUAACCUCACUGAAGAAGCACGGACAUGGAUCAGUAUAUGGAAACGCGAUAAAGUAACUGAAGGAGAUAUUGCUGAAUUAAGCCUGACUGAUCUACUGGACAAAGCCAAAUUCUUGCCUGCCAUAGCUUCAGUCUUGAAGAUAGCCCUUAGCUUACCGGCAACCACCUGCUCUGCGGAAAGAUCGUUCAGCACUCUCUGGCGCGUGAAAACGUGGCUAAGAACUACCAUGGCAGAUAAUCGACUCAGUUGUUUGUGUAUGGUGUCAGUUCAUUGUGAUAAGAUAAAGUCAGAGGAGGAGUCCUUUAUCGAAAAAGUGGUAGAUAGUUAUGGGAAGGACCCGAGACGCAUUCAAUUUCUGUUUAAUAUUUCAAACUACAUUAAUAUGUUUGUAACAAUAAAACAGUCACAUCAUCCUUACAACCAAAGGUCACAAAAUUUGUUAAGACAUGAAUCUGUUAUGGGUUGUGGAAAUUAUUAUCACCUAUUAACAUGUCUGAGCAGAGGUGAACUUACUGACAUGGCGUUGUGCCCCAAAAAUGAGCAUUUACGAGAGCAAUUCAGAAUAUUUCCACAACAUUAA